AUAAAAUGUUCCUGUCUUGGGAAAUGCUAUGUCAGCACAGCACAAACCGUAGGCGCCAGUUCUAUCUUAACUUAUCUCCAAGCUACUGUUUUCGCCGAACCGAACCAUGGCCCAGUACGAACAAGUGAACGUGCGUGGCUAUAGUGAAUUCUGCAAGGCUGUGGCAGACAGACCGGGCAAAGAUAUUUUUGCGUACUUCUCUGGCGACAAAGACGAGAAAGGCAAUAGCUGGUGUCCAGACUGUGUCAGAGCUGAGCCGAUUAUAAAGGGAGCAAUGAGCUCACUCCCCCAGGGCUCGGUCUUCAUCUACUGUCAAGUUGGUGAAAGGAACUAUUGGAAGGAUUCAAGCAAUGAGUUCAAGACAACGCUCAAGCUGAUUGGGGUGCCCACCCUUCUGCGAUACAACACCCCUCAGAAACUGGUGGAGGAGGAAUGCUUCAAAGAGGAUCUAGUGAGGAUGAUGUUCACUGAAGACUGAGAGACAUGUGCCUUCAGCCACUGUCGGUUGGAUCAAGAAACACAAUAAAACACUUCUUAAUCACACUCAAUAUAGUGACAAUGUAAUGCAAAAGCAUUAUAUUAUAAUUAUCCAUGUUAAUAUCUUGUAGUAGCAUUGAAUAAAGUCAUGCCUGAUCAUGCA